CCUGUUUCCUCUGUUUCUUUUGAAAAUUCAUUGGAAACCAUUACUACCGCCUCGUCUCGCGAAUGAUGAAGAAGGCUACGCAGGAGGAGGAGGUUGUGGCUGUAACAAACGUCUUUUGGGACAUCAAUACGUGUCCGGUUCCCGAUGGCUGUGAUCCUCAUCUGGUCCGUCCGUGUAUUAAACGGCUUUUGGAGAAGAAUGGCUACCGUGGAGAAGAAUGGCUACCGUGGUCCUUUCACCGUCACUGCCUUUGGAAAACUUGCGGACGUCCCUAUUGACAUGCUGAGAGGAGUCUUUUCCAGUGGAAUCGAUCUUAUCCUUGUCCCUUUCGGUACCUCAGACAUUAUCGAGAUAAUCGAUAUCACCGAGAGCAAUCCACCUCCAGUUAAUUUUAUGGUCAUAUCGGAUCCAAAGGCCUGCCCUGAUUUAACUCUGUUUCUAAAAUCAAUGUCCUACAACCCUCUCCAGCCGUUUCCAUAUCAUCUUUCUAUGGAAACCUUACUUGAGGAAGAUGCGUGUGGAGUUCCCGCAGAAACUACUGACUCUGUCUCAUGGGAGUGCUUAGUAUGCUGCGCCCCUGAUCCUCCUGGCCGAAGCUUUGAUACUUUCGAAGCACAUCUUUCUAGUGAAGAACAUCAUGAAGAGGUGUUGUUGAUGCAGACUAGGGGGCCUACUGUGCAACCGGUUCUUGAUUUGCAUCUAAGCAGACUUGUAGAGGCACCCUUACUUACCCAAUGUGGGGAUAAUAUGGUAGACUGGGAGGCACCCUUACUUACCCAAUGUGGGGAUAAUAUGGUACCCAAUGUCUUUUGGGACAUUAAUUCGUGUCCGGUUCCCCCUGACUGUGAUGCUAGUAUGGUUGGUCCGUGCAUCAAACGGUUCUUGAAGAAAGAAGGCUGCUCUGGUCCUCUCCAUCAUUGCCAUUGGAGAUCUAACAGACUUUCAUCCUGGCACACUCUCUGAAGUCUUUUCCAGCGGAAUCAGUCUUCAUUAUGUCCCCUACGGUUCCUCAGACAUUGAGAAACUCAUUUAUGACUUUUCUUCUUGUUCUGGACCUCCACUUAACAUAAUGGUCAUAUCCAACUGCAACAACUUUGCUUGUAUGCCUGACUUUAUACAACAGAGAUUCAACCUACUAAAAACCUUUUCCAAAUGAUUCUCUUGAGAGACUUAUUCUCGCAGACUCAGGGUAUCUUAAAGAGGAUAAUUGCAGUGAAUAUUUAUGGUUUUGCUCACUAUGCAACGACAGGAAAUUUGUCCAUGCGACCACGUAUUUGAGUUCUUUUCACGGAAGCUUUGAACCUGUUUCCUCCUUUGAAAGAUUCAUCUGGCAUCUCCAUGGUUCAAUUCAUCGA